UUAUUCCUCAACAUUAUAUGUGUCCACUCUUCCAUUAAUUCUAAAAAUGAGACAUCCACAGACUGCUGGAGGUGGCUGCUCCCACACGCGGUGCGGUGUGAAAAACAUUUUUCGACAGGCGGCGAGCAGGGAAUUCACGCGCAGGGCACGCAAAUUUGUUGUGAGAAUCGCGUUCGGUGUAAAAGCACAUUUAGGGUACGCUGCUAGUAUGGAGUUACAGGAACCCAGUUUAGAUGUAACAUCCAUGGAUACGUUUUUCAGCAUCACUUUGUUCAAAUCCCAGACGGGAUAUUUCUGUUUUCCUCAAACAUAUGUGGGUUUUCUCAUCACACUCCAUCUUUGUCCCACGGUUAGAAUCUCCAAUGGUUAAUUGGUGUCUAAAUUGGCCCAUGGUAUGCAUGUGAUUUUCUUUUCUGCAGCAGACAGGUAACCAGUUCAGACAGUUUCCUGUCUACUACUACUCAGGUUUUACUAGAGUAUCUUUUUGUUUUGGUUUUCUCACAGAAUUCUGCCAAAUCCGGUCUGUGACGGUUCCUUUCUACUGACUUUCCCACAGACGGUUUGUCAUUUCGAAACUGUCUGUUCGACACUUGUGAUAAGCUGACAGUUUAGAGGAUAUACAACGAGCUUUAAGUUUAGUUUUUUUUUAUUUUUUCUUUAUGUUAAAUUCUAAAUAUUCAUGUAAAUGUCUUACUUCUCUGUACUAAUUAUUCAAAGUGAAUACAGUAAAAUCAAUAAAGUAAAUCAAAUGAUAAACAUUUACCCAGUGAACAUUUCAAUGUGGGCCUAUAUGGUUGACCUUCGGGCUGAAUGGUGGGCCCCAGGUGGGUUUGUCCGCGUGUUCCAUGGUGGUUCCAUCUUGUGUUUCAGAGAAUGUAAUGUGUCACAUUACAUAAAAGCAUAACAGUUCUCAUGCUAGGGGUGGAAUGAAUGAAUCCUGAGGAGGAUGUGGUUUGGUGACAAGCUUAAAUACGAGCUCUCUGAUGAAGCUGAACAGCAAAGCAGAUCAUUCUGAGCUGAGUUUGGUUCCUGAGGCCUUCUCUCUUUGCUAGAAAAAUAGAUAGUUUUCUAACCAAGCUAACAUCAACACACGUGAAAAAGAUCUACAAAGAUGGCUGAGCUGACCAAGUUUGUAUCAGAUGCUAAGAAUGUGGCGGGGAAGGUACUAGACGUAUAUCAGAAAGGAUCCAACAUUGUAACCCUCUUCAAACAGGAGUUUUCGCCUAUUUUCUCUGCCGUUGGCCCACUUUCCGAACUGUCUCUGAACAAAACGGAGGACCCAGAGGUUGGUGCCGUAAGGGAUCAGUUUGGGAAGCUCUUUAAGAAUUUGGAUGUGGUCUCAGAUGACAUCAACCGUAUCCAUGAGAUGUUCAACAAGAGCAUGGCAGAUCUUGAGUAUUCCUCACUUGAAAAUAGCAUCAGAAUGCAGUACAGAAUGUACUUGGAGAUUCUCGAUGCAAAACCUGAGUUCAGAGAAGUCAAGAGAGAUCAGUUCCUCAAGCACUAUUCCAACAGUAAUAAAGAGAAAAACAUCGAGCGCCUCUACAGCGCUGUAGUUGAAAGUUACUCUCCCAAGCCUUUGCUUCAGAUCAUCCUCGACAAUGAGGACAGAAACCGACAAUCAGUUGAAGCGUUUUGUGCCCGGCUGUUAAAUCUGUUCUGCAUUGGGAUCAUUGCGGUUGUGGGUCACGCUGUUAUGAGUGAAAAUAAUAAUGAGAAAAGGCUUCAGAAAGACUGGGGAGAGAAGAUGGCCACUAUCCAGGAGAAGAUGAACGCUGCCGUUGAGGAAUGCAUCACUAGCUUUCCAAGUAAAGCUAAGACUGAUUGUGAAAAACUGAUGAGGCAGGUGAAGGACUCAAACUCAGAGCAGCUAGCUGCCUCCCUCAUAGAGAUGCUGAAGAAGAAGUACGACUGGGUGAGCUGGUCUGUUCGUGUUUACCGCAAUAGGAGGAUCCAUAAGACAGCUGACAGUCUCAAAGGAAAGAGCUCCUUCCAGGUGACUGGGUCUGAUGAGAAAAUGAACAUCAGGGUGUCUUACAGCUAUUCUCCCAAGUCGUUGGACAAGAACCUCAUCCAGCAGCUUAUCCUGAAACACAAACAACCCAAAGCAGAGGAGGUAGAGAAUGAUCUCUCAGAAAAACUACAAGGAGACUGCAUGAUUCAUGCACUCCAAAACUAUAAAUAUUUGGCCUGUUCCUGGAGCUUCACAGACGACUGUCACUUCUGGGCGAAGCACGAAGAUCUUCAUGUCUGCGUUCAUUCUGCUUAAAGCUUAAAAACAAAAGUGAAGGAUAAGUCUAACACUUGUUGUUUGAUUUAUCUUAUCAAAAGAAUCCUCACAUUUUAUAUAAACAUCAGUUCCAUUCUUUAAAAUGAGACUAACAGAAAUGCAAAAACAUGCCCUGCUGUGUCUCGAAAUCUAACACAUUCCUACAGGUGACGUGUCACGACAAACUCUGGCAUUAAGGGACAUAUUUUCUGUAAAGGUGGAGGUUAUUUCCUUACAGUGUCGUGUUGUGAAGAGAGCAGGUUCUGGGGCAAAAACUAAGAUAAAAGCCAAAGAUAAACGUGUCCUUUAACCUGAAGCUUUACAAAUGGUUUUGUUUCUAUUUGCUUUUUCACUGAACUGUCACUUUAGUCUUUAUUGGUUUAUGGGUCUGUUUGCUUUAAGCAAAUUAUUUGUUAUUAAUCAAAUGUCAUCAUUUUGUCGCAAAAACAAAAUCUAUGAAUCAUGUGAUUUUUUUUGUUAGUGGGUUUGGGUUAUUUUGUCUAGAUUAUGUUUUCAUGGAGGAACUGAAAGUUAUCUUCCAAAUAAACACUAAACUGGAUUUGUUUGAAUGUAAGUUUAUGUUUUAUUAAAAACAAAGCCCCUGUUCCUGAUUGUUACUGAAAAUGAUUUAAAUAAAAAGGUUCU